AUGCUCCAACAUUGGAGCCGUGUCGUUUUCGCUACUACUUAUGAGGAAUUCAAACAUCACUGGGAAUCAUUCAAAGAACACUAUUCAGACCCAAUUUUUCAACCGCUUGUUGAAUACAUACAGAGCGAAUGGAUCGAUGACUGUCCAGAGCAAUUCCUUCAUUUCCAUACCAAGCAAUACCUCCAUCUCAAUGAAAUUGCCACUUCUCGUAUAGAGGGAGGUCACUGGUUGCUUAAACAAGACCUACAGGUAUCUACAAAUGACCUGUUAGUUGUUCUCCAGACCUUUGAGCGCGUCGUCAAACUCCAAUUCCAGAAGAUCGACAAUGAGAUCGCAAAGCAGAAGAUGAGAAGACUAGCUAAGAAGGAGAUGAGGCUAUUUGAAUCGCUAUUCAAGAGGAUCUCAUUUAAAGCAAUCCAGCUUACGAAGAACCUUUAUUCACGAUACCUUCCAGAAGGGGACGACAAACUACCGAUUCCACCUGUAUGCGACUGCGACUCGAAGGAAACCGCCGGUUUCCCAUGCAUCCACCUUAUCCAGCAAUAUGAGAAGGACGAGAAGAGCUUAGAACCCCAUUUGUACCACCAACACUGGCAUCUAUACAGUGUAAUAGCGCCACCAAUUGACCCACUCCUUCUACUUCGGGAUCCUCUCCAUGUUCGACAACGAGGGCGCCCUCGAGGGGCCCGGAACUUCAUUUCCCAGCAAGGAGCUAGCCAGCAAGCCAUACAGCCUUCUCCGGAUCCUCUCACUGAGGAUCGAUCCACCCAGCGAGACCCCUCAGGAUUUGAACAUGUGCUUUCGCAGGAACGUGGACGGGGACGAGGACGCGGACGGGGACGCGGACGGGGACGCGGACGGGGACGGGGACGAGGCCAAGUGCAGGCAUAG